CGUCCGCUUGCUGCUGCUGCUGGUAUUUGCCGGGGCCGCGCUGAACAUGGAGCUGUCUGCAGUCGGGGAGCGGGUUUUCGCCGCCGAGUCCAUUAUAAAACGGCGUAUAAGAAAGGGCCGAAUCGAAUAUCUUGUGAAAUGGAAAGGUUGGGCUAUCAAGUACAGCACAUGGGAACCAGAGGAAAACAUAUUGGACUCUAGACUUAUUGUUGCAUUUGAGCAAAAAGAGAGAGAGCAGGAAAUAUAUGGCCCUAAGAAGAGAGGACCAAAGCCAAAAACAUUCCUUUUAAAGAAAUCGAGACUCAUCAGACCAGGCAACGUUUUUCCAGUCUUCAACAGUCCAAUUUUGGCAAGAGCACAGGCUGAAGCUCUUCGUAUAAAUGAUGUCCACUUUGGAGUUAAACCCGGCUCAAGUGCUUCCCCUAAAUUGCACUCCAGCGCUGCCGUACAUCGUUUGAAGAAAGAUAUACGACGCUGUCAUAGUAUGUCUCGACGCCCUCUUCCCCGUCCAGAUCCCUCAUUACCCUCGGGAACUACUUCUGGGCUUCGUGCUCCUGUGUCUCCUUUUUCAGAGACUGUACGGAUCAUCAACCGCAAGACCAAACCUCGAGAGCCAAAACGGAGCAGAAUCAUUCUUAAUCUGAAGGUAAUUGACAAGGGAGCAAAAGCACCUCUAGCACGCCCUAAAAUUCCAUCCCGAAACCGAGUUAUUGGGAAAAGCAAGAAGUACAGCGAGAGUAUGCUUCGUAAUCAAAUUCGCCAUUUGAAGUAUGGAGCAUUCUCCCUGUAUAACAAGCCAAAUGUUGAAGAUCCAGAAGGAGAAAAAGCAGAAGAUGAAAGCGCUAACCAAGGUCUUGGUGAUGAGAGCUCUAGUACAUCUGGGUGUCCUUCACCAGCUCCAUCUGAUGAUAGACCUCCUAAAUUACUCCCCGAGACCCUAAGUCCAGCUGUUCCUGACUGGCGGGAAUCUGAAGCACUGGAUCUCUCCAUUCCACCAGAAUCUUCCGCAAGCAAGCGUGGCCAAGGAGAGCCUGAUGAAUCUGACCCUGAAGAGGCUGGAGACUGGCGCCCAGACAUGUCCCCUUGUUCCAAUGUGGUAGUGACGGAUGUUACAAGCAACCUUUUAACAGUCACCAUAAAGGAGUUCUGCAAUGCACAAGACUUCGAGAAAGUGGCGGCUGCUGGCAAAUAGUAGGGAGAAGGAACUGUAACCGUAAAGGCAGUUCAACUAUUUAAAGGUUAAUUCACUCUUAAGCUAUUGCUACACCACCCAUUUAGUAUGUACUUUAAGGUCAUGAUUCAUAUGUGGUGCUGUUCUGUAAGAUGGUGUGCAUCACAUUGACUUGAAUUGACCUCGAUCUAGGUUAAUAGACGUCUAUAAAAAUGGCUCAUCUUAUGUCCUUGCUUAUGAUGGUACAAUUUAAACUUAGAAUGUGAUGGCACUUACUAGUCUUUAUGAAAUAAGUAUGUGUGUCAUUUUAU